UUGGUGUCUCCAGCCAGGAGGCGGGAGUGACCCACAGCAGCUGACCCAACACAGGCACUGCCUCUCCAAAGCCCUCAAGACACACCAUGGGCCCAGAGGCGGGUUGGCUGCAGAGCAGCGACGACGCAGGCGGCGGCCCCGGCGACUCUCAACUGCCUCCCUGACCACAGCGACCACCGCCCAACACCCCCGAGAAGCCAUCGCCACCACCCGUAGCCGAAUCUAGGGUUCACAAACCCAUCUUCGCGAUCGACUCAAGCUACGUCAACAACUAUGGCGGGUGAGGGGCAGCGGGCGGAGCCGGAGCGGGAAGGCUGGGGUGUGUACGUCACACCCAGAGCCCCCCUUCGAGAGGGAAGGCGCCGGCUUGCCCCUCAAGAUGGCGGCGGCGGCGACGCGCCUGCGUACGUAAGUCCUCCGUCGCGCCAGGGCCGACGGGAAGUGAGGUUCUCAGAGGAGCCGCCAGAAGUGUACGGCGACUUCGAGCCCCGCGUGACCAUAGAAAGGUCCCCGGUGGGAAAACGAACCCCGGCAGAAGAGUUCCGGCCCGAUUCUGCGAGAGAGGAAGUGCGGGUAAGCGCCUACUACCUUCGGUCUAGGCAGCGGAGGCAGCCGCGACCCCAGGAAGCCGAGGAGAUGCAGACACGAAGAACCACGCGCUUACAACAGCAGCAGUCUCAGCAGCCUCCGCUGCAGCCGUCCCCGGUUACAACCAGGAGAGGGUUGCGAGACUCUCACUCCUCUGAAGAGGAUGAACCAUCUUCCCAAACUGUUUUCAGCCAAACCGUCUCAGAGAAAACUGUCAAGAGAACACAAGAGGCUCCAGUAGUGGUGAAUGAAGAUCUUCUUAUCAGCCUAUGUAGACCCCCUCUAAGAAGCCCAAGACCUGAUUUGGCAUACGAAACAAAUGGAAAUACUAAAAUGAGUGAAUUAGAAUCUACCAGUGUCCAACAGAAGUUCAAUUACUCUGAAGAAGGAGAAACUGAAGAAGAUGAUCAAGACAGCUCUGACACUGAUGUCACUACUGUUAAGGUCAAAUCCAGGGACUCUGCUGAGUCUGGAGAUCAAACCACCAGAUCAUCUAGUCAAUAUGCAGAAUCAUUUUGGCAAUCAUCACAAAUACGAGACAAUACAGCUCAUGAUAAGCAGCCUUCUGUGUUAAGCUCAGGAUAUGAAAAAACCUCUCAGGAAUGGCCCAGACAAUCUGCAAGAUUAAGGAGUAGAAUGCAAUUGUCUUCACCAGGCAAGAGUUCUCUAUAUGGCAGUUUUUCAGAUGAUGGCAGCAUUCAAAAAUCAGAUCUUAGAAACCAGUUUUCAGCAACCUCCAGCCAACAAGUGACUGGACAACCCAGAAAUGCAUCUUUAGUCAAGAUGAAUUGGUGGUGGCUACUUUUCCUGAUACCUCUUCUUGCCUCUGUGAGUUUUUGGAUCUUUCCCACUUCUGAGGUAGAAACCAUGGCUGUUCAAGAGUUCCAGCACCAGAUGAAAAAACUUAUGAUUAAGUACCAAGGUCAAGAUGAGAAGCUGUGGAGAAGGAGUGUGACAUUACUGGAAAAACACCUUAAUAGUUCCCAUCCUCGGCCUCAGCCUGCUAUCUUGCUGCUCACUGCUGCCCGUGAUGCUGAAGAAGCACUUAGGUGUCUGAGUGAACAAAUUGCUGAUGCGUAUUCUUCCUUCCGGAGUGUUCCUGCCAUCCGGAUUGAUGGAGCAGACAAAGCUGCUCAAGACAGCGAUACUGUCAAACUAGAAGUCGACCAGGAACUGAGCAAUGGAUUCAAAAAUGGCCAGAACGCAGCUGUGGUGCACCGUUUCGAGUCACUGCCUGCAGGCUCUGCUUUGAUCUUCUAUAAAUAUUGUGACCAUGAAAACGCAGCCUUCAAAGAUGUAGCCUUAGUCCUUACUGUCUUAUUAGAGGAAGAGACACUGGGAACCAGUCUUGGCCUAAAGGAAAUUGAAGAAAAAGUGAGGGACUUCCUCAAAGUCAAGUUCACCAACUCUAACACACCCAACUCCUAUGAUCAUAUGGACUCAGACAAGUUGAAUGGCCUCUGGAGCCGUAUUUCUCACUUAGUCCUGCCUGUGCAACCUGAAAAUGCCCUCAAAGGGGGCAUCUGCUUAUAAGAGGUGAAAGAAGAGAAGAUCAUGUCUCAAGUUCUGAGAAUUUUUCAGACUUUCUAACCAGAGACAAGAUUCAGAGCUCUUUUUGGAAGAACUGGUUUCUUUUUAAAGGAAGUUAAGUUCUUAUAUAAACAUGAAACAUCUAAAUUACUUAUUCAGCCUAAUUAUUUCUAUUCUAUGAGAGAAAGAAUCGUUUGUUGAGAGCUAUGUUAAGGAUACCUUAGGAGUGUAAAUUACACGUAGCUCCAUAGGGAAUCGAUUUUGAUUCUGAGCUGAAAUUAUUACUCUUAUGGUGUGACCAGUGAAAGAUCCUUUCUUAAGAAUCUUCCCGAUUUGUUAAUUUAGAUUUUUCACAAAGUUUGUUGCAUUAUUAGUAAGAUAGCUCCUUAAAUGUAACCAUGGAUUUUUCCAUAAUUUUCCCUUUUAUACCAGUUAGGUAUGAGUGGUUAGUCACCUUCUGCCUAAAGGAACAGAAGUAAUGAAAGGUCAUCUCAGUAUGUGUCUUGGAUUUUUUUUUUUUUUUGGAGGGUAAAGAGAAAAAAAAUUUGUGUAAUGGGGAAGGUGAAGGAGAAAAAAAAUGCUCUUCAAGAUGAAAUGUAACAAUAAGCCAUUGAGAUGUACGUAGUCAAACAGGUACAUGAACUGUUAUCUCAGUGAAUUCUGUUGGGAUUUGUUUUUUAUAUUUCUUUUUUUUUUUAAGCUUGACGAAAUUCUUGAUCUUCCCAAGGAUUUCUAAAGCAUGUGUAUCAUGAGGUUUAACGUAUUUGUUCACUUGACUCUUAAGGGUAGGCAAAUUCAGAGCAGUUUAUUUUGGACAUAUCCUGAAACUUUUGUUUUGAAGGAAGAAAUACGGUUUUAGGAAUUGGUGAACCAUUUGUUAACCACCUAUUGUGUGCUAUUAAAGAAAGAUUUAAUUUUUUGCGUGUCUACUUGUUACAGUCUAAGUCAUUUAAUGACACUCCAUAACAUAUAAAGAUUUACUAUGCACACAAUAAAUUGUAUUGAGUGCCUCAAGCUAAGAGAAUGAACUUUACCACAUGAAGGGUGUUAAAUAUAUUUCUGUACUACUAUAGUGUUUUAGUUUUAACUUUGCUUCUAUAACUGAGUUUUCUCGUCUGUCAGCUGCUUUGGUUUUCUUAAAAAUCUUAAAAUUCUAAAUCCACCUUGUUUGCUCUCCACAAACCUUGAAAUGAAAAUAUUGUUUUAUAAUCAGUCUUGACUUCAUCAUUUACCCCUUGAGGGUCCCACAACUGGUAGGAGAAGGUGGUCUAAUUUCUUUCCACUAGGACUGCCAGUAUUCAUACAUUUAUACCCCUUAUUGUAAUUUGUUCCUGACUAUCAGAAGUCAAUAAUCUGAUUUAAUUAUAGAGGAUUAUAAAACAAGUUUUUGAAAAGGCUUAUUUUAUACAUACAUAUUAUAUGGAGAAAAAAGUUUAUAUUAAAUGUUUCACUGACCCAAAUAAUGUUAAAGUGGUUAAUAUGUUACUUAUAUCUUUCAGGAAAAAUAAUUGUAGCAACUGGUCUGUAAAUGACUUUAAAAGCUAUUUUAGUAAUUUAAAUAAAUGUACUUUCUUGGUUUGUACUCU